UAUAUGUAUUUUCUUUUCAUUUUAAGGGAUAAUUUGAUAACAGAAAUUUUAGAACUGAAAAAGAAAAUAAAGCAAGAUGAAAUGGCAACUGUAAACAUGAAACUAAUGCACGAUAACCUAGAAAAAAAUAAUCGGGAGCUUGAAAAUAAAUACACAGCGGAAUUAACUCAAAAUGAGAGCAUGCAGCAUCAAAUAAGAAUCUGACAGAUAGCCUAUCAAGUAUGGAGAAAAAGAACAAGAACCUCACUGAAGAACUAGAUAUGGCCAAAGACAUUUAUAAAACUGAAAAAAAGAAGUCUGAUGAUGUUGAAAGGAACAUUACACAUGCACUGAAUGAAACAGAGAAAAAACAAUCCGAUAAAAUAUAUCAACUCCAGGAACAUAUCAAAGAGAAGGAUCUGAAAAUUCAAAGUCUUCAUUUACAACUUAAUAUGGUUAACGAUGCUGCAAAUAGAGCUAGAAAUGAAGUUAGAGAAAUAGCAAAGAAAAGACCUCAUGAGAUAACAGAAGACACAGAAGACAUCAGACCAGACACACAAACAAAGAAAAUGAAAGCUACAACAGAUGCCAUUACAGUUAGCGAAGAAACAAUUGAUAUAUCACAAAAUGAAGAAAUUGCUAUGGUAGAAUACAAUAAUGAAAAUGUAUAUUUGGGUGUUCUACAAGAUUCCAUGCUAACCUUUACAAGACAGCCACUAGGAAAAUUGGGACCAGACUUUGUUAUAAAGGACUUGAUUUUUUCUUUGAAUAAAAAAGAUCGUCAGUUGAUCAAUUCCGCCUACAUUAUAGAGAACAUCAAGUGCAAGAUUGUCAAAAACAAAUUUACUGUAGAUGAGGAGCAGAAAAAAGACUUAGAAAAUUCUGUAAAAAAAUAUUUGGCGGGGAAAAAUACUAAAAACGUUGCAAGUAAUGACAGUUUAAAAAACUAAUGGAGAGUAAUUAUUAUUUCAAUGGACCAUUCUUUUAAUUAUGAUGGAUAUGCACAUUUAAUAUGCAUUAUCCUGUUCGAUAUGUACUAUUAAUUUUUGGAAUGUUAUGUUAAUUGGUUCUUUAUUUUUAAUGUGAUAUAAUGAAUAUGUUCUUGACCAUUCAAAAUAAGAUAGAUGUAUUUGAAAAGAAUUUGCUUUGGCAUUUGUGAGAAAGUGUAUUGAUAUGCAUAUAAUCUAUUUUUAUUUGGGAUAAUGUUUUUCUAAUAAAUUGUACAUAAUAGAUUUCAUAUAAAAUGGUGCAUUAUAUUAUUUUAAUGGCAAUGUCCAUACACACAAUAUUUCUUGUCAGUGAAUGCUAAAUAUCUAUUGUGAAGAACCACACAAAAUGAAUUUAUUUUGUGAUAGCUGAAUAACUGGUGCAAUGGAUUCCUCAAAGCAAAAAAUAAUUUAUUUUGAGACAGUGAUUGACACUUUUGGUAAUUUA